AUGAAGUGCGUUUUUCUAGUACUGGCGACACUUGGCCUGAGCUUGGCUAGGGAAGUUAGCACCUAUGACCAUUUUCGCUUGCCAACGGCCCUUCGACCCCAAAAAUACGAUGUGCGCAUCUUGACACAGUUGGAAAAUCCGGAGGACUUCCGCUUUAACGGAACUGUGAAAAUUCAAAUAGAAGUGCUGCAGAACACACGCAAUAUAACCUUGCACUCGAAGGAUCUGGCCAUUAAUGAUACGGAAAUCGCCCUCAGCGAAGUUGGCGGAGAAGGAAAACCGGGGAACUGCAUAGCAUCUACGGAAGUGAAUCCCACCCACGACUUCUAUAUUCUCAACACGUGCAAGGAGCUAUUGGCUGGCCAAGUUUACGAGUUGAGUUUGCACUUUUCGGCCAAGUUAGAAGAUCAACUGUCUGGCUACUACAGGAGUUCCUAUGAGGAUGCGGUGGCCAACGAAACGAGAUGGAUCUCCGUCACGCAAUUUGAGCCAGCCUCGGCUCGAUUGGCGUUUCCCUGCUUCGAUGAACCUGGCUACAAGGCAUCCUUUGCAAUCACCUUGGGUUACCACCAGAAGUACACAGGUCUCAGCAACAUGCCCGUGAAGGAAACCAGGCCACAUGAAUCCAUUCCGGAUUAUGUAUGGACCGCAUUUGAGGAUUCAGUGCCGAUGUCCACCUAUCUGGUUGCCUACUCCGUGAACGAUUUCUCCCACAAGCCAACUACCUUACCCAAUGGAACUCUUUUCCGCACCUGGGCGAGGCCAAAUGCCAUCGAUCAGAGUGAUUAUGCCGCGCAGUUUGGGCCCAAAGUACUCCAAUACUACGAGCAGUUGUUUGGCACCAAGUUUCCACUCCCGAAGGUGGAUCAGAUCGCGGUCCCCGACUUCAGUGCGGGUGCCAUGGAGAACUGGGGUCUGGUCACCUACGCGGAGUUUACCCUUCUCUACUCCCCGGAGUAUUCAUCUAUAGAGGCCAAGAAGGGGACAGCGAAUAUAGUGGCUCAUGAGUUGGCCCACCAGUGGUUCGGCAAUCUGGUCACCAUGAAGUGGUGGACGGAUCUUUGGCUGAACGAGGGAUUUGCCACCUAUGUGGCCAAUUUGGGUGUGGAAGACAUCCAUCCAGAGUGGCGCACCCUGCAACUGAAUUCAAUAUCAGACCUUUUAACCAUUUUCCGAACGGACUCUCUGGAGAGCAGUCAUCCCAUUUCGAGACCCAUUGAAAUGACUUCGCAGAUAUCUGAGAGCUUUGAUGACAUCUCCUACCAAAAGGGAUCAUCGGUGAUUCGUAUGAUGCACUUGUUCCUGGGCGAGGAGACGUUCCGAACAGGACUUAAGUCCUAUCUGGAAAGAUACGCCUACAAGAACGCCGAACAGGAUAACCUUUGGGAGUCUCUCACCCAAGCUGCCCAUAAGACUGGUUCUCUACCAACGGACUACGACAUCAAGACCAUCAUGGACUCGUGGACUCUGCAAACUGGUUAUCCGGUUAUCAAUGUGACGCGCAACUACACAGCAAGGACCGCAAGACUCAGCCAGGAGCGCUACCUCCUGAAUACAGAUAUAUCUAGAGCACACAAAGGAUGCUGGUGGGUGCCCCUGAGCUAUACCAGUCAGGAGGAAAAGGACUUCAACAACACGGCGCCCAAGGAGUGGAUGGAGUGCACCGAGACUGGGGAAAGUGUUUCCAAGACUAUUAGGGAUCUGCCAGGACCCGAUCAGUGGGUAAUCUUCAACAACCAAUUGUCGGCGCCAUAUAAGGUCAACUACGAUGCCCAGAACUGGAAACUUCUGAUCGCGACUUUGAACAGCGAGGAGUAUCAGUCCAUCCAUGUGGUCAACAGGGCCCAGCUCAUACACGAUGUCCUGUACUUUGCCUGGACAGGGGAGCAGGACUACGAGAUCGCUUUGCAGUUGAUCAGUUAUCUGCAGAGGGAACGGCAGCUUCUGCCCUGGAAAACGGCUUUGGACAAUCUGUCGUUUCUUAGUAGCAUUCUUCGACAGACGCCGAACAAUAUGUUCUAUAAGAGCUUUAUAAGGAAGCUCAUCACCCCGAUAUAUGAGCACAUGAAUGGCAUCAACGAUACAGACUCCUCCAUACAGCAGCAUGACAAGGUCCUUUUGAAGGGGAUGGUGGCGAACUGGGCAUGCACCUACGAGGUUUCCGAUUGCGUAUCCCAGGCCGUGAGCUACUUCCGCAACUGGCGUUUGGAGGCUAAUCCCGACGAGCUUAACCCAGUUCCGCUGGGCGUUCGUGGCAUUGUGUACUGCACGGCAAUCGAGCAUGGAAGUGACGAGGACUGGGAUUUCCUGUGGACUCGGUACCAGAAGGCUAAUGUGGCCACGGAAAAGAUGACCAUUCUGGAUUCCCUGGCCUGUUCGCUGGAGGUCUGGGUGCAGCAGCGCUAUCUGGAGAGGAUCUUCGACGCCAAGGGAGAUAUUCGGAAGCAGGCUUCAUUAGUUGUCUUUCCGUCGAUUGCUUCUGCGAAAGUAGGCUUCUUUUUGGCCAAGAAGUACUUGAUGGAGAACGUGGACUCGAUUUCCAAGUUCUACCAUCCUCAGUCAGAAUCUAUGGCUGAUAUUUUGCGGCCAUUUUCCGAGCUGAUCUUCACACGAAGGGACUAUGAUGAGUUUAAAGACUUUAUUGCCAAUUCCAAGGAGCAUCUCAAGGACAUAGAACAGGCCAUCAGUCAGAGUUUGGAGACAAUGCUCAUCAAUGUGCAGUGGAAGGAGCGAAAUUAUGAGAGCUUCACUCUAGCCAUCAAAAAUCUUGCUGAGAUCAACUUGGUUUCUGAAUAAAGUAUAAGU